CGCACCAGCCGCCAAGAUGUCCAGCAAACGUGCCAAAGCCAAGACCACCAAGAAGCGCCCUCAGCGCGCCACCUCCAAUGUCUUUGCUAUGUUUGACCAGUCACAGAUCCAGGAGUUCAAGGAAGCCUUCAACAUGAUCGACCAGAACCGCGAUGGAUUCAUUGACAAGGAGGAUCUGCAUGACAUGCUGGCUUCUCUAGGGAAGAACCCCACUGAUGAGUACCUGGAGGGCAUGAUGAGUGAGGCGCCAGGGCCCAUCAACUUCACCAUGUUCCUCACCAUGUUCGGGGAGAAGCUGAAUGGCACCGACCCAGAAGAUGUCAUCCGCAACGCCUUUGCCUGCUUUGAUGAGGAUGCAACAGGCUUCAUUCAUGAGGACCAUCUGCGUGAGCUGCUGACCACCAUGGGAGACAGGUUCACAGAUGAGGAAGUGGAUGAGAUGUACCGGGAGGCUCCCAUCGACAAGAAGGGCAGCUUCAACUACGUGGAGUUCACCCGCAUCCUGAAGCAUGGGGCCAAGGACAAAGAUGAUUAGCGCCUAGAGCUGUUUCACUGCCUCUGCGUCCUCCUGCACGCACCUCCUGCCCCCAUUCCCUCCAUCCCCCUUGCUGCCUAGCCCCACAGCAGGCUCACCCCUCAAGGGGGACUUGACCCUUCUCUGGGUUACACUUAUGUUGGCACGUGACCCUGCACCCUUCCUGGAGGAAGUGCUCACAUCACUACACCCCUGUGUGUCCAUGCAUCAGUCCUAGACCUCCUCUCCCAUCUCCUCUCCCACCGAGAGGCUCCCACCUCCCAGCCCCCAAAGAUGCUGCGCAAUGCCUUGGUGCCAACACCAAGGACUUUCUAGGGAUGUCUUGUCCAUAUCCAGACCUUGCAAAAGACACUGUCUUCCUGGCGUAUCUCUCUGACAGGGCGAGAAGGUUUGCCUUUACCUUUGGCCCCUAUCCAGGAAGAACGAUCAGCUCAUCAUCCACUGUCUCCUUUGACAAAUUUUGCCUGAAGAUCCCACUUGGAAAAUUUGUUUUCUGAGGGAAUAGGGUGCUGUGCGCUCACCUGCCCCACUCUCCUAAAACCCAGCCAUGUGUAUGUCCUGUACAGAGGCUCCCAAGGGAGCCCCACAGCUUCACAGCUUCUUCCUUGUGUUGCCUCCCAGGUGGUCCUUACCUGGAGGACUUUGCCACAGGUGCUCUUCACUGAGCACCUGUAAACUCCCCCUUUUCACAUUCCCCAGCUCUGCUGCACAGCCCCACUUUGCAUUUGGAUGGCAUCUUUCAGCAGAGAUGAGCCUGGUGUACUGACUCCUUGGCAUCCACAGCCCACCCUGCCAUGCUGGCCCUUGUGCCAGGUCUGUGAGUGUGUGGACGGAAGGGUUUUUCCUUCCCAUCUGCCCUAAUCCACUGCUCUCCCACUGUUUUCUUUGACAGUGUCAGCCAGUAUCUCCCUGCCAUGCCUCAGCCACCUCAUCCCUUGGCCUUACGGUGAAUGGGGCCCUGCAACACACAUCAAAGGCCCCUCACGGGGUAUAGGUGGCAGGGCCAGGGGAGCUGGGCUUGCCGUGCUGGGUUGUCCUGCUUUCCUUGCACUUCUCAACCGCAGGACCCCCAGCUAGGCUUAAACCCUACCAAACAGCCAUUUGCCCCCUUGAAGCAACUGCAUAGCCUAGUACUCACCCCUACAGGGUGAGUAAGUGGGAGAUCUGUUCCC